AUGCUUGAAACUACCCCACUUUCUUAUCAAAUUAAUGCUGCUACAAACGGGUUGUCUCGCUUGGCUGAAACAUGCGAGUUAGAAUCAGCAAAAUUAGAAAGCAUUCCCAGCGACUCUCUUUCACCAAGUAGUGAUUGUAAUAUUGAACUUGAGGCUCGCAUUGGCAGACUUGAACAAGAUACAUUAUUAUUGUCGAAUACCAACAAGGCACAAGAAGAAACAUUAGACGGGAUUUCAAAGAAAAUUAAAGGUUUGCAAGUUGAUAACGAGCAAAUUAUUUCAACGAUAAUUAAGUUUAAGGAUAAUAUUACCAAAACAAUGAAUGAGUUUAUUACAUAUCAAACACGGUCGCUAAAUGAAGCUGAUUGCUAUUACCAGUUUUCACAAGCACCUGAGGGAAAUUACGGGUAUACCCUUGAUGUCAUGAAUGAUUUGCUUACACAGGCUAAUCUCCCAACAAUACCUGAAGAAAGAUAUAAUAAUACCCAAGAAGAAAGGGAAGAAGAUGACGAUUUUGACAUUGAUUGCAUUGCAGAAUCCAUUCAACAGGAGCUUCUUGAAGCUCAAUAUGACCCACUUAAAGACAAUACCAUUGACCCCAACAUUGCUAUUGCAUUAUCAAAGCUGCUAAAUGAAGUGACUGAGAAAUGUUCAGCCAUUGUUACAAGUAAACUACAUUCACAGAGUCAAUUAUACAAGAAGAAGAAGAAGAAGCAUGUACACAAUUAG